AUGGAGCUGGGGCAAUGGGAGCUGGGAUCCCCCACGCUUGUCGCUGGAAACGGGGUUGAGGCGCGGGAGGGUUGCUGGCUGGGGCUGCGGGGGAGAGGGCAGAAAGAUUCCCACCCGCCCUCCGUAUUAAAAUCCGAGUACCGCUGCUGCAGUGCAGCGGGCAGGAAGAGUUCUGCCAGGGUGGGCUUCCGAAAUGGAGACCGGACCGAGUUGCUGAGCGGGGUGCCCCCACGGAACCCGGCGCCGGAAAGUUAUGGAUUUCUGUUACUGCUCCUUCAUACCAUGAGAGCAGUGAUUGCACUGGAGAAGAUCAUUGUCAGUAAACUUAGAGAAAAUACUACAUUGAGUUGUAUUUAUCGAGAAAGAGAAUUGCACUUAAAAGAUCAAUGGGUAUACUGGCAAAUAGAUUAUGAUAAAGAGGAGUGUACAGUUGUACAUGCACUGAUCUCUGGUCAAGACAAUGAAAGUGAACAGUGUAUUCACUUAAAAAAAAGGACUCAGUCAUUCUGGGAUAGAUUGGAAAAUGGUGAUUUUUCUCUACUAUUACUAAACAUCAGCCAGAGUGAUGAACAUACAUACAAAUGUGUAGUACUGGAGAAAGCUGAGUAUACCAGUAUGGUUCAUCAGGCAGAAGUGGUUCUCAGUUUAGCAGCUGGUUAUAGCCAACCAGUACCCAGUGGCCCUAUAGGUAACAGUGACAGCACUGGAGAGGAGAUGACUUUCAGCUGUAGGUCUGGCAAUGGAUACCCAGAGCCCAAUCUUUAUUAGAUAAAAACUGACAAUAGCCACCUGCCUCCAUCAGAGCUAAUGAUCAUCCCCCAGAGCAAUGGCACUUACAGCACUUUUAGCACAUUGAAGGUUAAAGCCACUUCUAACAUGCAAAUAGAGUGCUCCAUAGAAAAUAAGAUACUAUAGGAAAAUCUAUCAGCCAGCUACACGCAGCAGAAGCAAAGCAAUGGGUCUAGCACAGAAAGUCACAAAAACCUGAAAAAAAAUGGUCAAGGUACUCAGGCAGCUGGCAUAGUUUCCAUUGUCAUUCUGACAGGUGUUCUAGCUGUAAUAAUCUGCUAGCUGAGGAGACAGAGGGCCUCUAAGACUAGAGUCCUGCACAGGAGUUAG